AUGAAGGCUGUUCGUAAUCUGUUGAUUUAUAUAUUUUCCACCUAUCUCCUGGUUAUGUUUGGAUAUACUGGUGCCCAAGACUUCUGGUGUUCAACAUUGGUUAAGGGAGUUAUUUAUGGAUCUUAUUCGGUGAAUGAAAUGUUUCCGAAGAACUACACAAACUGUACUUGGACGUUGGAAAAUCCAGACCCCACCAAAUACAGCAUCUACCUGAAACUUUAUAAACGAGAUUUGAGCUGCUCAGAGUUCUCUCUCCUGGCCUAUCAGUUUGAUCAUUUCUCACAUGAGAAAAUCAACGAGUUGUUAAAAAUAAACGAGUCCAUUGUCUACCUUUGUGAUUCGAAGAAUAUUUAUGUAUUUUUGCAGUACGACAAGAAUUUCGUUCAACUCCGGCGGGUUUUUCCUUUUGAUUAUAAUGGAUUGACGCUGAAGAAAACAGAGGAAGAACAGAAUUCUGUGGUGGAGUUCCUGGUUUUGAAUAAAGCAAGCCCAAGUCAGUUUGGCUGUCAGGUCUUAUGUACAUGGUUAGAGAACUGCUUGAAAGGAGAGAAGGGGACGGUGGAAACGUGUGGAAUAGUGUACUCAAAAUGCACCUGCCCACAACACUUAGGCGACGGAGAAUCCGAAAGCGUGCUAAUGCUCAACAAUGUGGUGUUGCCUUUAAACCCUCAAACCGAAGGGUGUCUAACUCCACAACUGCGCACUGCUCAGGUGUGCAACCUGACCGCAGAGGUCAAACGACCAUCCAAGGAAGAAUUUGGAAUGAUCGGAGAACAUACUGUAAAAAGUCAGCGGCCAAGAUCAGUUCAUGACACAAAGGCCCAACAGGAGCAAGAUGAAUCUGCUAAAUUUAUGGCACAAACUGGUGACUCUGGUGCUGAGGAGUGGUCCCAGUGGAGCUCUUGCUCAGUUACAUGCGGUCAAGGGUCGCAGGUGCGAACAAGAACAUGUGUCUCACCUUACGGAACACACUGCAGCGGCCCAUUAAGAGAAUCAAGGGUUUGCAAUAACACUGCCCUCUGCCCAGUACAUGGUGUCUGGGAAGAGUGGUCGCCGUGGAGCCUCUGUUCGUUCACUUGCGGCCGCGGUCACCGCACCCGAACUAGGGUAUGCACCCCACCCCAACAUGGAGGCAGAGCGUGUGAUGGACCCGAGACUCAGAGUAAACUCUGCAACAUCGCCCUCUGUCCAGUGGAUGGCCAGUGGCAGGAGUGGAGUCCUUGGAGUGAUUGUUCAGUGACCUGUGCCAAUGGCACUCAGCAGAGAACACGCCAGUGCUCAGCCGCGGCUCACGGUGGAUCCGAAUGUCGUGGCCACUGGGCCGAAAGCAGAGAGUGCUCCAACCCAGAGUGUACAGCCAAUGGUCAGUGGAACCCCUGGGGCCCGUGGAGCGGGUGCUCUAAGUCCUGCGACGGGGGCUGGCAGAGAAGGGUGCGCGUUUGCCAGGGCGUCACUGUCACAGGCCAGCAGUGCGAGGGUACCGGGGAGGAAGUCCGCAAGUGCAGUGACCAGCGUUGCCCAGCACCAUAUGAAAUAUGCCCAGAGGACUACGCCGUGUCCAUGCUCUGGAGAAGAACCCCAUCUGGUGAACUUGCCUUUAACAGGUGCCCACCCAAUGCUACAGGCACCACUAGUCGACGCUGCUCUCUGGAUCACCGUGGGGUGGCCUUUUGGGAACAGCCCAGCUAUGCGCGAUGCAUAGCAAAUGAAUACAGAUACUUGCAGCAAUCAGUCCAGGGCCAUCUUGCAAAGGGCCAGAGGAUGCUGGCAGGAGAUGGAAUGUCCCAGGUAACCAAAGUCCUGCUGGAUCUCACACAGAGACGCAACUUCUACGCCGGCGACUUGCUGUCGUCUGUAGAGAUCCUACGCAACGUCACGGACACUUUCAAGAGAGCCAAUUAUGAGCCUUCAGCCGAUGACGUGCAGAACUUCUUCCAAAUCAUCAGUAAUCUCCUGGAAGAGGAGAACAGGGAAAAAUGGGAGGAUGCACAGCAGAUAUACCCUGGGUCAGUGGAGCUCAUGCAGGUCAUUGAGGAAUUUAUCCACAUUGUUGGCUUGGGCAUGAAGGACUUUCACAACGCUUAUCUGAUGACAGGAAACCUGGUGGCAAGUAUACAGAGGCUUCCAGCAGUGUCUGUUAUGACCGAUAUAAACUUCCCGAUGAAAGGCAGGAAGGGCAUGGUAGACUGGGCAAGGAACUCAGAGGAUAAAGUAGUCAUCCCCAAAGGCAUCUUCAACCCCCUCUCAUCUACAGAUAUGGACGGUUCUCCAGUGUUCAUUCUUGGGACCGUACUGUAUAAGACUCUUGGGCUCAUGCUGCCCUCACCUCGGAAUAACACGGCUGUGAACUCCAAAGUCAUCGCCGUUACUGUCAGACCUGAACCCAAGGUUACGGAGGCUCAGUUGGAGAUAGAACUAGCCCACAUCGCCAAUGGAACGAUGAAUCCUUUUUGUGCAUUGUGGGACAGCUCUGUCAUGAACGAUUCUUGGGGUACCUGGUCCUCCAAAGGAUGUAAAACCGUACUUACCGAUGCAUCCCAUACAAAAUGCUUAUGUGAUCGUGUAUCUACCUUCGCCAUUUUGGCUCAACAACCAAGAGAAAUAACUAUGGAGUACUCAGGGGUCCCAUCUGUGACUUUGAUUGUGGGCUGUGGCCUGUCUUGUCUAGCCCUGAUCACCCUGGCAGUGGUCUAUGCUGUUUUAUGGAAAUACAUCAGGUCUGAGAGAUCCAUCAUCCUAAUUAACUUCUGCCUCUCCAUUAUCUGCUCCAACAUCUUGAUCCUGGUGGGACAAACACAAACUCACAAUGCGGGCGUCUGCACGAUGACAACAGCCUUUCUACACUUCUUCUUUCUGGCAUCCUUCUGUUGGGUCUUGACAGAAGCUUGGCAGUCUUACAUGGCUGUGACGGGGAAGGUACGGACCAGGCUCAUCCGUAAGCGGUUCCUCUGUCUGGGAUGGGGAUUACCUGCACUGGUGGUUGCAAUUUCAAUGGGAUUCACAAAAGCAAAAGGUUAUGGAACACCACAAUACUGUUGGCUCUCUCUUGAAGGAGGUCUGCUCUAUGCUUUUGUGGGACCUGCAGCUGCUGUCGUGUUAGUCAACAUGGUGAUUGGCAUUCUGGUGUUUAACAAACUGGUUUCCAGAGAUGGGAUUUUGGACAAGAAGCUAAAACAUAGAGCAGGGCAAAUGAGCGAACCUCAUACAGGAUUAACUUUAAAAUGCGCGAAAUGCGGAGUUGUCUCGACAACCGCUUUAUCUGCCACCACGGCCAGCAACGCCAUGGCAUCUCUGUGGAGCUCCUGUGUUGUUCUGCCUCUGUUGGCUUUGACCUGGAUGUCAGCUGUGUUGGCCAUGACGGACAAGCGCUCUAUCCUCUUCCAGAUUCUCUUUGCUGUCUUUGACUCCUUACAGGGUUUUGUCAUUGUGAUGGUUCACUGUAUCUUAAGACGAGAGGUACAAGAUGCCUUCAGAUGCCGACUUAGAAACUGUCAAGAUCCAAUCACAGGUGAUGCCACCGGUCCUUUCCCCAACGGCCACGCCCAGAUUAUGACUGACUUCAACAAAGACGUGGACAUUGCCUGUCGAUCGGCUCUCCACAAAGACAUGGGCUCGUGUCGCGCAGCCACCAUCACGGGCACCCUCUCCCGCAUCUCGCUCAACGACGAAGAGGAGGAGAAGGGCCCGGAGGGUCUCAACUACUCCACGUUGCCUGGCAACAUCGUCUCCAAGGUGAUCAUCCAGCAGCCUUCUGGGCUUCACAUGCCCAUGGGAGUGGGUGAACUGGGGGACCAGUGCCUGGGCGACAGCACCGGUGACAUGCGGAGGACGGUCUACCUUUGCACGGACGAUUCCAUGCGGCAAGGCGAUCAGGAGAUGGGCGGACACGAUUUGGGAAGCCACUCCCCUCAGGGCCAGAUGGAAACCGAUUACAUCGUCAUGCCCCGGGCCUCCGCGGCGGCAGCGGGCACGGGCAGUGUGCCCACCCUCUUGAAAGAGGAAAGUAAGAUGAACAUUGGCAUGGACACAAUGUCCCAUGAAAGGCUGAUGCACUACAAGGUCAACCCCGAGUUCAACAUCAAUCCAUCUGGAAUGGAGCACAUGAACGUGGGCAUGGAGCAGCAGUUCACCGGCCCACCAGAACACAUGCAAAACCUGCCCUUUGAACCACGCACCGCCGUCAAAAACUUCCUGGCAGAAAUGGAGGAGAGCGGCGGUUUGUCUCGCAGUGAGACAGGCUCUACCAUAUCAAUGAGUUCUUUAGAGAGAAGAAAGUCGAGGUACUCAGACCUGGACUUUGAGAAAGUCAUGCACACCAGGAAAAGACACAUGGAGCUGUUCCAGGAACUGAAUCAGAAAUUUCAAACCCUGGACCGUUUUCGAGACAUACCAAAUAUGGGCAGCAUGGAUAAGGCAAUGCCGAACAAGAACCCCUGGGAGAGCUACAACCCAGCUAGCGAAUACCAGAACUACGCCACAAUGAAUGUACUAGAAUCUGACACAAAGGACUCUCUGGAGAUGACUCCGGCUGAGUGGGAAAAGUGUGUCAACCUACCUUUAGAUGUCCAGGAGGGAGACUUCCAAACAGAGGUCUAG